AUAUCCUUUUUUGAAAGGAGCCGUAAGAUAUCCUUAAAACCAAAGACUGCAGGUGAGUUCUCCAGUGGCGCUAUAAAAGAGGCGGGAAAGAAAGGGCAUAUAAACCCUAUCAGCAACUGAAGAAAAACGAAAUUCUCCGCACUGACUUAACAUUUUUACAAUCUCUGUUCUCCUGAAAUUUCAGCCUUCUCCUUGCAAAUUUCUCUCUCACAAUGGGAAUCAAGGGUUUAAUGAAGCUGUUGGCGGACAAUACUCCGAGAGCCAUGAAGGAGCAGAAAUUCGAGAGCUAUUUUGGCCGCAAAAUUGCUAUCGACGCCAGCAUGAGCAUCUAUCAGUUUCUUAUUGUAGUGGGACGAAGUGGGACUGAGAUGCUCACAAAUGAGGCUGGCGAAACUACUAGUCACUUGGUUGGGAUGUUCUCUCGGACGAUUAGGCUUUUGGAAGCCGGAAUAAAGCCAGUCUAUGUUUUUGAUGGGAAACCUCCAGAUUUGAAGAAACAGGAGCUUGCAAAGCGUUAUUCAAGAAGGGAAGAUGCUACAGCUGGAUUAGCUGCGGCUGAAGAGAGUGGCAACGCGGAGGAUAUCGAGAAAUUUAGUAAAAGAACUGUUAAGGUCACACAGCAGCACAACAGUGACUGCAAAAAACUUCUUACACUGAUGGGAGUGCCUGUUGUUGAGGCUCCUUCUGAAGCAGAAGCUCAAUGUGCUGCACUAUGCAAGUCCGAUCAGGUUUAUGGUGUGGCCUCAGAAGAUAUGGAUUCCUUAACCUUUGGAGCUCCAAAAUUUCUUCGCCAUUUAAUGGAUCCUAGCUCCAAAAAGAUCCCUGUAAUGGAAAUUGAAGUUGGAAAGGUACUAGAGGACCUGGAACUCACAAUGGAUCAAUUCAUUGACCUGUGCAUUCUGUGUGGGUGUGAUUAUUGUGACAGCAUUCGAGGUAUUGGGCCACAAACUGCUCUGAAGCUUGUUCGCCAACAUGGCUCAUUAGAAAGCAUACUGGAGAAUAUAAACAAAGAAAGAUAUCAGAUACCUGAUGAGUGGCCAUAUCAAGAGGCCAGACGUCUCUUUAAGGAACCAUUAGUCUUAACUGGUGAUGAUCAACCUGAAAUCAAAUGGGGUCCCCCAGAUGAAGAGGGUUUGAUAGAAUUCCUGGUGGACCAAAAUGGCUUCAACAAGGACAGAGUUACAAAGGCGAUAGAAAAGAUCAAGGCAGCCAAGAAUAAGUCUUCUCAGGGGCGGUUAGAAUCAUUCUUCAAACCAGUUGCUAACACAUCAGCACCAGCUAAAAGAAAGGGAACCAAAUGUGUUCUUGUAUCUCCGAUUCCAGUAACAAAGUUUAGAAUGUUCUCCGUACAAGCUUCCUUUAUGCGAACCCAACCAAGGGCCUUUUGCAGCCUAAUCCCGCCAUCUUUAGAUAUGAGUUCAAAUUACUCCAUGCCAUUUAUCAGAGGUGUCUGCUACAGCAUAUGAAACUGAAACAACUGGAAAUGCUGAAAAAGGAGCGGCAAACAAGAAAUCAAAAACUGGGGGUGGGAGAAAGAAGAAGUAAAUUAAGUACAGUGUGCUCCUUAGAAGGUAAGAUUGUUUUCUUUGCGAAAGCCAACGUCUUGAGUGAUAAGAAAAAUACUCGAAAUGGAUUUAUGGAGUUUUCUCCUGUUUUCCGUGAAUCAAGUUUGUAGUUUGUACAACUAGUAGAUUUAUAAUUUAUGUGGUAAUUUGGAGUUUCAUGUUCU